AUGACCCAGCGGGUUGUGACCGAGCACGAGCAGGAGGUGCUUAGCCUCAUCGACCGGCGUCUGGACAUGAUCACGAGUUUCGAUCAUCUGACGACGACGGCCCUGACGAGCCCCAGUGAACCCGGCGCGGGAGAUCAUGUCGUGCAUGGGGUGCGCCGGAUUCGGUCGAACUGGGACAAUUUCAUCCUGCAGCCUCCACAGGGCGACCUCGUGAGUCUCGGGAGAACGAGCCCUGGCCCGGGUAUGCUUCCGUCGUUCAUGGUCGAGCUGUUUUGGAAAAGGAUGGAGGAGGAGAUCGAGGAGGAUACAUCGAGGCAAGCUCAGCACGGGGUGAGCGGCCCGGGCAGCAAUGCGAACGAGCAGGAGGGCUCGAGCUCGGAAUCGAGCUCGAGCGAUGAGUCGGUCGAGCACGACGACGAGGGCGCACGAGAACAUCCAGGUGGGACGGAGCGUACGGAGGAGCACGGAGUGGCGCUUGGGGAGCGGGUGGACGAGCGGGUGAAGCAUAUCGAGCAGCAGGCAACGGGGGACGAUGGGGCUGUCGAGGAGCAGGAGGGCGGGGCGGCUGUGCAGGAUUUUGGGACAGGAGUGCAGUAG